GGAGAAGAGCCCUUCCUUUGCGGGAAGGCCCCGCGAAACGGCAGCGAUCCGGCGGGAUAAAUCCUCCGGAGCAUGGCWGGGAUUGGGGCGCGCGUCACGUAGGCAAAGGGGCGCACCGUGCUGGGAAUGCCGUGCUUGAGCGCGCUUCCGGAGUCACUUGGAUGCAUGGAGCGUGGGCCAGCGCUCCGGGGAUUUGUGUCCUUUUCCCGUCUGUGUGUCUGCGCGGGAGCGGCGGAACCUUUCUCGGUCCGGAGCCGCUGAGCAGCGUCGCUGUCGGCCGCCAUCAGGCCGUCAGCGCGGCUUGUUUUGCUGAUUUUCCUUUUUCUUUUUUUUUUUUGCCACGGGAUUGCAUUACGGCGUCCCCCGGGAAAGGGUCAUGGCGCUGAAAGCCAGAGCCCUCUACAACUUCCAGAGUGAAAACAAGGAGGAGAUCAGCAUCCGGGAGAACGAGGAGCUCGUGAUCUUCAGCGAGAACUCCCUGGAUGGCUGGUUGCAGGGCAAGAACAGCCGCGGGGAGACCGGCCUCUUCCCAGCCUCCUAUGUCGAAAUCCUGCGCUCCAGGGCCAGCUCCGGCUACACGGACUACUCAAGCAGCCCUGCCGGCUCUCCUGGGCACGACUCGUCCUUCCGCGCAGCCGACGCCGGCGUCUCCUACCAGGGCAGUUUUGAGGACGACGACGACGACGACUGGGAUGACUGGGACGACGCGUGCACGGUGGUGGAGGAGCCUCGGAGCGCGCCGCCGGGCGCCAACGGGCACCCGCCGCCCAGCCUGCAGCACCCGGCCGCCUGUGCCCACCAGCACGCCGGCUACCGGCCCAAGGUGCCGCUGGAGAGGCAGGACAGCAUGAGCUCCUCCAAGAGGGGCAGCGUGGUGGGGAGGAACCUCAACCGCUUCUCCUGCUUUGUGCGCUCCGGCGUCGAGGCCUUCAUCCUGGGUGAUGUGCCCCUCAUGUCCAAGAUUGCGGAGCUCUAUUACAUCGAGAUGGGCUCCAGAGGUCCCCAGUGGAGGGCCAACCCACACCCCUUCAUCUGCUCUGUGGAGGACCCCACCAAGCAAACCAAGUUCAAGGGCAUCAAGAGCUACAUCUCCUACAAGCUGACCCCCAGCAACAUCAACUCGCCUGUCUACCGGCGCUACAAGCACUUUGACUGGCUCUACAACCGCCUCCUGCACAAGUUCACGGUGAUCUCGGUGCCCCACCUGCCUGAGAAGCAAGCCACGGGGCGCUUCGAGGAGGACUUCAUCGAGAAGCGCAAGCGGCGGCUCAUCCUGUGGAUGGAGCACAUGACAAGCCACCCCGUCCUCUCGCAGUACGAGGGCUUCCAGCACUUCCUCUGCUGCCGCGACGAGAAGCAGUGGAAGCUGGGCAAACGGCGGGCCGAGAAGGACGAGAUGGUGGGCGCCAGCUUCCUGCUUACCCUCCAGAUCCCCACGGAGCACCAGGACCUGCAGGACGUGGAGGACCGCGUGGAUGCCUUCAAGGCCUUCAGCAAGAAGAUGGACGACAGCGUCCUGCAGCUGACCAACGUGGCCUCGGAGCUGGUGCGCAAGCACGUCGGGGGCUUCCGCAAGGAGUUCCAGAAACUGGGCAACGCCUUCCAAGCCAUCAGUCACUCCUUCCACAUGGACCCGCCGUACAGCUCGGACGCCCUUAACAACGCCAUCUCCCACACAGGCAAGACGUACGAGACCGUGGGGGAGAUGUUUGCCGAGCAGCCCAAGAAUGACCUGUUCCUCAUGCUGGACACUCUCUCUUUGUACCAGGGGCUCCUCUCCAACUUCCCAGACAUCAUCCACCUCCAGAAAGGUGCCUUCGCCAAGGUGAAGGAGAGCCAGCGGAUGAGCGACGAGGGCCGCAUGGACCAGGAUGAGGCGGACGGCAUCCGCAAGCGCUGCCGCGUGGUGGGCUUCGCCUUGCAGGCCGAGAUGAACCACUUCCACGAGCGCCGCGUCGCUGACUUCAAGAGGAUGAUGCAGUCCUACCUGAAGCAGCAGAUCAUCUUCUACCAGCGCGUGAGCCAGCAGCUGGAGAAGACCUUGCGCAUGUACGACAGCCUCUAGGUGGGCCUGGCACACCCGCGCGCUGCCCUUCAGCAAUCACGCACUUUCCGACCCGGAGCCUCGCACGCCACCUCUGUGAUGGACUGAGAACGAACGGCAACUCGUGACGCUAGUGACCAAAUAACCUUUGGGCUUCAUUCCGUCUUCUCGGGCCCGGCAGGCGGCCAAGCCACAGGGAAGGGAUUGUGCGUCCGUCUCCCGCGGGCCGUCCGGCCUCUUUCCCCGGGAAUGGCUGUCCCAUCCCUGUGACAGGGAAUUUUCCGUGGAGAAGGGACAUUGGGAUAACAAUGCUGGUAGCUCUGUCUAGUGAUUCUUAGCUUUCUGGGCACCUGUCCUCCCGGAACAGAGAGGUGGGUAUGUUCCAGCCCCGUGGGACCAGGAAUCGAAGCAGUCAACGUUUUGCACAC